AUGUCGACCAGCCACCAAAGCACCGAGCCGUACACCAAGGCCGAGAAAGACUGGCUCAAGCAGAAGUUCGAUGGCGAAUUCAAGUUCCUCCAAACACAAGGCCUCAGCAUCUACAAAGAAGAGGACCGCGAAGAAGGCCGCACGAUCGCAAGAGCCCUGAGGGCGAAUGAUGACGAGGAUGAUGAGGAGGAAGAAGAAGAAAAAGAAGAGAAUCAGUUUCUCAAGGACUUGGAAGAGGACCCAAUGUCUCACCUGGCGGACCACCACUUCUCCGAGAAGCAGCUUGAGUGGAUCGAGAAGCACUAUCGUCAUUCUGGCAACUUCAUGUUCUCGCAUGUGCUCAAGGCGUUCGACGACGAGGAUUGCGAGGAAGCUGUUGCUAUGGUUGCGGCGUUCAUGGAGGAUUGA